CCUCACCCCAAGUGCCGCUCAGGUUGGGGAGGGCCGGUGAGGGGCCCUUGAGCUCGCCUGUCUUUGUCCUGGUCCUUCCGCUGAGUGGAUGUUGGCGUCUCCACAGGUCGGAAUGAGCUGAUCGCCCGCUACAUCAAGCUCCGGACAGGGAAGACCCGCACCAGGAAGCAGGUGUCCAGCCACAUCCAGGUUCUGGCUCGGCGCAAAGCCCGCGAGAUCCAGGCCAAGCUGAAGGAUCAGGCAGCUAAGGACAAGGCCCUGCAGAGCAUGGCUGCCAUGUCGUCCGCCCAGAUCAUCUCUGCCACAGCCUUCCACAGUAAAAUGGCCCUCACCCGGGGCCCAGGCUACCCGGCGGUCUCAGGGUUUUGGCAAGGAGCUUUGCCGGGCCACGCCGGAACGUCCCACGAUGUGAAACCUUUCUCUCAGCAAACCUACACUGUCCAGCCGUCACUGCCUCUGCCAGGGUUCGAGUCUCCCGCAGGAGCCUCCCCGUCGCCCUCCGCGCCCCCAGCACCCCCGUGGCAGGGCCGCAGUGUGGCCAGCCCCAAGCUCUGGAUGCUGGAGUUCUCUGCCUUCCUGGAGCGGCAGCAAGACCCCGAAACGUACAAUAAGCACCUGUUCGUGCACAUCGGCCAGUCGAGCCCCAGCUACAGCGACCCCUACCUCGAAGCCGUGGACAUCCGCCAGAUUUACGACAAGUUCCCUGAGAGGAAGGGUGGUCUCAAGGAGCUCUUUGAACGGGGACCCUCCAAUGCCUUUUUCCUCGUGAAGUUCUGGGCAGACCUCAACACCAACAUCGAGGAUGAGGGCAGCUCCUUCUAUGGGGUGUCCAGCCAGUACGAGAGUCCUGAGAACAUGACCAUCACCUGCUCCACCAAGGUCUGCUCCUUUGGCAAGCAGGUGGUGGAGAAACUGGAGACCGAGUACGCGCGCUACGAGAACGGCCACUACUCCUACCGCAUCCACCGCUCGCCACUCUGCGAGUACAUGAUCAACUUCAUCCACAAGCUGAAGCACCUGCCCGAGAAGUACAUGAUGAACAGCGUGCUAGAGAACUUCACCAUCCUGCAGGUGGUCACCAACAGAGACACGCAGGAGACGCUGCUGUGCGUCGCGUACGUCUUCGAGGUGUCGGCCAGCGAGCACGGGGCUCAGCACCACAUCUACCGGCUGGUGAAGGAAUAAGAGACUGGGGAGCAGGGAGGGGGGCAAGACAUCGUGUGCGCAGGGAUGUGGGGUGGGGACCCGCGGGGGCAGCCCCCACAAAGCGCCAAGAGAGUUGAGGUCAUGACUCUUCUACCCAGGAACAUGAACCCACAGUGCCUAAGCCCAAUAAACGCAAGAUCUGGGCACCUUCAGAGGCCCCGUCUGGCUGUGGGAGCCUCGGGAGGGGCUGAGGGAGCGGGGGCUGGCUGGGAAGCGGGCCGGAAGCAGCCCCGGGGUGCGGUCCUGAAGCCAAGGCCCCCAUGGACUCAGCCAGGAACGUCCAGAUGCUGAAGCUCAAGAUGGGUCAGCCCCUGCGCUGCACUGGAGCCGCUGCCGGCCACGCUGGGAGGCCUGAGGGGGGCGUGGGUCCUUGGCCACCUGGGAGUGACGGAUGCAUCCGCCCUGGCCACCUCUGCUGCUGCUGCCCCAGGACAGCCAACAGGGAGGCGCGGCCCAGUCCUGGGGGGGUGGGUUUCAGGUGUGGAGGUGACUGAACUCUCGGGAGGUUGGAAGUGGACGCGGUCAGAGCUCUUUAGGUAGUUUUCAUCAGGCCACGCUGGCUGCCUGGGGGGGGUCAGGGGAGCCCGAGACAGCGA